CCCAACCAAAGCCCUUGUCCUUUUCUUUUCUGUUAUCUCGGUCCCGACCAGACCAAGCGCUCUCUCGACAGACUCUGCGGCGGUUUCUCAUGUCGAAGCAGCUGGAGUUGCCGGAGAGUUUCGUUAGGUUUUUAGAGGCGAAUGGCAUUGAUCCUUCAAUCUAUAAUGAAGGAGAUUCACUUCCACGCUAUGUAAGGUUGAAACCUGGGUUCGAGGAUGUUGUCCAAGAGAUUGAAUCUGAAAUUAACUGCAAGAUGGAGCAGCUGAAUUGGUUACCUGGAUUUUACUCAAUUCCUCCACAUGUUCAUAUAGCGAGGUCCAAGGCGUAUCAGCAAGGCAAGAUGUACGGAAUAGACGCAGCUUCGGGUGCUGCUGUUUCAGCUCUUGGUAUCUCCCCAGGAGACCAUGUCUUGGAUCUUUGUGCUGCUCCUGGUGCUAAACUGUGUAUGAUGCUAGACCUACUGGGUGACAAGGGCACUGCAACAGGUGUCGAUGUUGCAAGGCAUCGCCUCUCUGCCUGCAGAACAAUGCUUCAGAAAUAUGGUCUCGGUGAAAGGAGUCGUCUGUUUCUUGCUGAUGGAACUACUUUCUCACUUCCACCCACCACAAACCUACCUUGUGGGUCAUGUGAUGAAGAAACAUUCAAGCAGUGGACUUCUCGUAGACCUUACAAAGAAAGGAAACAAGUAGCCAAGACCAGGAAUAACUUUGUUUUGCCGCAUGAUGCUCACCCGGAAAUUGUUUUCUACGGACACAACUCUGGAGUAAUAGGGCUACAAAAGAAGGAUCUUUUUAGACCCCUUGACCAAAAUGAUUACGCAAAUUGUGGGUAUGACAAGGUUCUUGUAGACGCAGAGUGCACACAUGACGGUUCAAUCAAGCAUAUCCAGAAAUUUGAACAAUGGGGUUGGACAACGUUGGAACGCCGUGUACUUGAUGCUGAGAGAACCGAUACAAACUUGACUGCUCUUCAGUUAAAUCUACUGAGAAAUGGAUUCAGAUUGUUGAAACAAGGUGGCAUUCUUGUUUACAGCACCUGCAGUUUGACGCAUGCCCAAAACGAAGAUGUGGUGGAUGAGUUCCUUGCUGAAAGCUCCUCUGCAGAGCUGCAGGAGAUUGAAAUGGCCAAGGAUUGGCCGUGUAGAAGUGGACGCACUCCAAAAACAGUGCGUUUCGACCCUUCCACCUCAGCAACCAGCGGCCUCUUUGUUGCCAGAAUCAAGAAAAUGGCACCAGAGAAGAAUGUGUUAUGAUGUUAUCUAUUAUAAUCUCACUUGUAAAAGGGUCGUUAGGUUCUUGACUGUCUGAGGAAUAGAAAGUGGAUUUGCUUAUUAAGUUUUA